UUACUAGUUCCCAUGUCUGCGAGGAAAAGAGUGUCCACGUGACUAAAAUAGUUUUCAUCGCUACCUAUAUAUUUGCGGAAGGUAAGCAAAACAUUCCCGUGUCUGAAAUAAACUCCUAAAAAUUCCGUGUUCGAUUCCCUCCUCGUCCAUUUCAAAUCAGCAGCGAAGAACACAGCGUUUCGAGACCAACAGCCAUCAAAAUGCUCUUGAUCAGAAGAAAAGCUUUUGCUUGGGCCACUCAGAUUAUCCCGAAACAUCACAAUGGAACGCACACCAUUACGUUUAAGAGCGGCCACAUAUUAUAUCAAUUGAAUAACUCAUACGAUGUUGGGGGUAGUCGAAGGUCAUUCUUUGUUACCUCGAGUUCUUUGCGUGGCAUACAUUCAAAAGUGGAAAAUUUGAAUGCUGCUGCAGAGAAAACUCACGUUGCGGAGACAGAGAAAACUCUCGCUGCUGGGACAGAGAAAAACCUGGCCGCUGGGACAGAGGCAAAUGUAACUGCCGAGACAGAGGAAAAUCGGGCUGGUGGAACAGCGGAAAAUAGCCAGAGUUUUAGUAGUGGGAAGUUAUUGGAAACUGAGUUAUUGAAAUGCGAUAAUAUUCAAGCUUCCUUAGAGAGCAAAGCUACUGAAGACGAUGUUUCAAAAAUCAGGGAGGAGUUUGAUGCAGUUAGACAGAGUUUCCAAAAUAUUCCUGCAGCCCUGCGUAUGAUGCCCAAAAUGGAUCCAUGUGGCAUCUAUGCAAAUGACAACCUAAGGUUGGAUCAUAUCGAAGUGUAUGGAUUUGAUUAUGAUUAUACAGUUUCUCAUUACACAGGGAGCUUACAGACUUUAAUAUAUGAUCUUGCAAAGGAGCAUAUUGUCAAAGAGAACAGAUAUCCAGAAAGUUGUUUACAGUUUCAGUAUGAUCCAAAUUUUCCUAUAAGAGGACUCUUUUAUGACAAAAAGCGUGGAUGUUUAUUAAAGUUGGACUUUUUCCACUGUAUCGAACCUGAUGGAUGCUACUAUGGUCGUCGUAAGAUGAGUACGGAAGAAGUUGAAGAGAUCUACGGAAACAGGCAUAUAAGCAGAGACUAUGCAACAAAUCUGACUGGUCUGAUGGACCUUUUUUGCUUUAGUGAGGCAUGCCUUAUAUCAGAUAUUAUUCAGCACUUCGUUGAUCAAAAGCUGGAUUUUGAUGCAUUUUAUGUUUAUGAGGACGUGAAGCGUGCAAUUCACCAUGUACACUGCAGCGGACUUGUACAUAAAAAAAUUCUUGCUGAGCCAGGCAAAUAUUUAGUCAAAAAUGCAGCAGUCUUAAAAUUCUUGAGAACUCUUAGAGAAAGAGGAAAGAAGCUCUUUCUGCUGACAAAUUCGCCCUUUUAUUUUGUAGACGGAGGGAUGCGCUUUAUGUUUGAGGAAUUGGGUGUUAAGGGGGAUUCUUGGCAGGAUUUAUUUGACGUUGUCAUUGCACUUGCUGAUAAACCAAACUUCUAUAUGUCAGAUCGUCCUUUCAGGUACUAUGAUAAAGAGAAGGAUAUUUUAACAUUUUCAAAGGUUGAUGCAUUUGAACCUCAUAAAAUAUACUAUCAUGGAUGCUUGAAGUCCUUUCUAGAAAUAACAAAAUGGAAAGGAAAUGAGGUGAUGUAUUUCGGUGACCAUUUAUUCAGUGAUUUAAGGGGGCCUGCAAAAGCUGGAUGGCGAACAGCUGCUAUCAUUCGGGAGCUUGAAAGGGAAAUAAUGAUUCAAAAUGAAGAUAAAUAUCGCUUUCAACAAGCCAAAUUCCACAUAGCACAAGAAUUGCUAGGAAAAUUUCAUUCACUGUUAACCAAAAACCCAAGAGGAGAUGCUGACAAUGUUCUUUUGGAUGCACUAAAUGAAGAACGAAAGAAGUCCCGGUGGGCAAUGAAGGAAAUGUUCAAUCCUUACUUUGGUGCAGCCUUUCUUACAGACUCAGGCAGGGAGUCUGCUUUUGCUUACAACAUCCAACGAUAUGCUGACGUGUAUACAAGCAAACUAGAAAAUUUUCUCAAUUACUCAAGUGAGGCUUGGCUGCAUACGCCCUAUGAUGUGAAGAUCAUGCCACACCAUGUGAAGAUCCCUUCAAGUGUAUUGAAGACUAAAACUGAGUGGAAUAAUUAGGUCGAGUUCUGUAAAGCCAUUUAGUAUGGUUCAUAAAUAUUGAAAUUAUUAAAAAUGCUAUGAGCACCGAUUUUGUCAUCAAUACAUUCUUCAGAUGUUCAUGCCUAAUUGCUAUUUGUAAAAUGGACAACGAGUGUUGUUAUUAUAUGUGGAACUGUUCAAUGGUACGAAUGUCCUUGUUUUGAUGGUUUUAUUAUGAACACCAUUAUCUCAACUCCCGAGUGUUGGUGGUUUCUUCGCAAAUUGCUAGUGCCUUGCUUGAGAGAGAUACAUCUUGGCAUUCAACUAAUUUUGGAAAAGCUAUACACGUGAUCUGGAAGAUUGCUCCAAGGAAAUUGUUUCACAGCCUUUACCUGUCCUAAUGUUCAUCCAUCUAUAUCAUAAAACAUACGCAUUGGAAUAUUCAAAACAUAUUAGUGGUAACAAGAAACUUCAGUGAUUUGUACCAGACAGAGCAGAUCUAUGAUCAAAAUUGACCGUGGAAAUGCUGUGUGAUUGGGGGAUACAUGUUCAGCAAGAAUGGACAGCUAAUGAAUUAUGCAGCUCUGCAUCGUUACUGGUGAACAAUGGCCGCUUUGGCGUAUAAAUGAUUAUUCAAUUAUAUAUGCACAAUUGAAAGAAACGGUGCAAAAUUGCUGUAAGUCUUUUGGCAUAAAAAAUACUAACGACCUUAUUUGUAAUUGAGUAAAAAGGUUUUCAAUGUAAUCGAACUAUUACCAAUCUAAAUCAAUUAGUUAAUUUGCUACUCAAA